GUGCUCUAUGUCAGAUUUCACUGCGGCCAACGACGCCAGCUCCUCAGCCAACCACUUUGUCACUAUGCCAGUUUACUGUAUGUGAAAAUGAUGGAACUUGCGUACUUAUACCGUCUGGUGACUUUGAAUGCCUUUGUGCACCUGGUUUUGAAGGUUUAUCCUGUGAAACAAAUAUAGAUGAGUGUGCAAGUACCCCAUGUCAGAAUAAUGGUGAUUGUAUUGAUGGCAUCAAUAGAUAUACCUGUAAUUGUCUUGCUGGCUUUGAAGGUAGUGAUUGCUCAGUUAAUAUAAAUGAGUGUGCCAGCAUUCCAUGUGCCAAUGGUGGUACAUGCUUGGAUAAGGAUAAUGGAUAUGAAUGCCAGUGCUUAUCUGGGUAUAGUGGUGACAACUGUGAGAUGGAAUCUGUGGAAUGUCUCAGUGAGCCAUGUCAAAAUGGUGGUACCUGUAUUGAUGGUAUAGCCAGUUACCAAUGUGUGUGCACUGAUGGAUUUCAAGGUGUACUGUGUGACAUUGAGAUAGAUGAAUGUCUGAGUAACCCGUGUCAGAAUGGCGGUACUUGUCACGAUUUGAUUGGUGCUUUUGUUUGUUCCUGUGUGACUGGAUUUGAAGGUGAUUUGUGUCAAUUCAUGGCGGCAACAACACAAGCCCCUCAGCCAACCACUUUGUCACUGUGUACAUUCACCAUAUGCGAAAAUGAUGGGACAUGUGUAAUUCUUCCAACUGGUAGCUUUGAGUGUCGCUGUCCACCAGGUUUUGAAGGUGCUCUAUGUCAGGUUUCACUUCUACCAACAACGCCAGCUCCUCAACUAACAACUUUGUCUCCAUGUCAAGUUACUGUAUGUGAAAAUGAUGGGACUUGCGUACUUAUACCAUCUGGUGACUUUGAAUGCCUUUGUGCACCUGGUUUUGAAGGUGUACUCUGUGGCAUUGAAAUAGACGAAUGUCUGAGUGACCCGUGUCAAAAUGGUGGUAUUUGUCAGAAUUUGAUUGGUGCUUUUGUUUGUACCUGCGUGACUGGAUUUGAAGGUGAACUAUGUGACAUUGAAAUAAACGAGUGUCUGAGUAACCCAUGUCAGAAUGGCGGUACAUGUCAGGAUUUAACUGGUGCUUACUUUUGUAGUUGUCCGGCCGGAUUUAUAGGUGAUUUGUGUCAAUUCGUUGCACCAACAACACGAGCACCUCAGCCAACCACUUUGUCACUGUGUUCAUUCACCAUAUGUGAAAAUGAUGGAACAUGUGUAAUUUUAUCGACUGGAGGUUUUGAGUGCCGCUGUCCACCAGGUUUUGAAGGUGCUCUAUGUCAGGUUUCACUUCUACCAACAACUCCAGCUCCUCAGCCAACCACUUUGUCAUUAUGCCAGUUUACUGUAUGUGAAAAUGAUGGAACAUGUGUACUUGUACCGUCUAGUGGUUUUGAAUGCCUUUGUGCACCUGGUUUUGAAGGUGUACUCUGUGGCAGUGAGAUAGAUGAGUGUCUGAGUAACCCAUGUCAGAAUGGUGGAAUAUGUCAGAAUUUCAUUGGUGCUUAUGUUUGUAACUGUCUCAGUGGAUUUAUGGGUUUAUCCUGUGAAACAAAUAUAGACGAGUGUGCGAGUACCCCAUGUCAGAAUAAUGGUGAUUGUAUUGAUGGCAUCAAUAGAUAUACCUGUAAUUGUCUUGCUGGGUUUGAAGGUAUUGAUUGCUCAGUUAAUAUAAAUGAGUGUGCCAGCAUUCCAUGUGCUAAUGGCGGUACAUGCUUGGAUAAUGAUAAUGGAUAUGAAUGCGAGUGCUUAUCUGGAUAUAGUGGUGGCAACUGUGAGAUGGAAUCUGUGGAAUGUCUCAGUGAGCCAUGUCAAAAUGGUGGUACCUGUAUUGAUGGUAUAGCCAGUUACCAGUGUGUGUGUACUAAUGGAUUUGAAGGAACCCAUUGUGAAAUGAACAUCAAUGAAUGUUUGACAAGGCCAUGUAAGAAUGGAGGAACCUGCAUUGAUAACUAUGGUAGCUAUUUAUGUGAAUGUUACACUGGUUUCAGUGGUGUUGACUGCUCUGUGGAUACUGAUGAAUGCAGCAGUGGGCCUUGUCUCAAUGGAGGUAUAUGUACUGAUUUGCUUGGUGCAUAUCGCUGUGACUGCCCUGAUGGUUUUGAUGGGUUGAACUGUGAGUUGGAUGGUGAUCAGUGUGCAAGCAAUCCCUGUUUAAACGGCGGUACUUGCAGCGAUGGUAUCAAGUACUACACUUGUAGAUGUGCUAGCGGUUUCACUGGACCCAACUGUCAAAUUGAUAACAUCAAUGAAUGCAGCAGUAGUCCUUGCUUAAAUGGAGGAUACUGUAGAAACCUAGUUGGUAGCUAUCGAUGUGAUUGCCAAACAG